UUCUUUACCAAUAAUAUAAACCGUAACCAAAAAAGAGAGAGAGAAAUGGAGGACGACAAUGGUAACAACAACAACAACAACGUGAUCGCACCUUUCAUUGUGAAAACAUAUCAAAUGGUUAAUGAUCCUUUAACCGAUUGGCUCAUCACUUGGGGACCUGCUCACAACAGUUUCAUAGUCGUUGAUCCACUCGACUUCUCGCAACGAAUCUUACCUGCUUAUUUCAAACACAACAAUUUCAGCAGCUUCGUUCGUCAACUCAACACUUAUGGGUUUAGGAAAGUGGAUCCGGACCGGUGGGAGUUUGCUAACGAACAUUUUCUGCGAGGGCAAAAGCACUUGUUGAAGAACAUAGCGCGUAGGAAACACGCGCGGGGGAUGUACGGUCAAGAUUUGGAGGAUGGUGAGAUUGUGAGAGAGAUUGAACGGUUAAAAGAUGAGCAAAGAGAGCUAGAGGCUGAGAUUCAGAGGAUGAACCAAAGAAUCGAAGCGACGGAGAAGAGACCGGAGCAGAUGAUGGCGUUUCUUUACAAAGUCGUUGAAGAUCCUGAUCUUCUUCCAAGAAUGAUGCUUGAGAAAGAACGGACAAAACAACAAGUUUCCGACAAGAAGAAGCGUCGUGUCACGAUGUCUACAGUGAAAGCAGAGGAAGAAGAAGUUGAAGAAGACGAAGGGAGAGUCUUUAGGGUUAUUUCAUCAUCAACGCCGUCACCGUCGUCAACGGAGAAUCUUCACCGGAAUCAUUCACCGGAUGGUUGGGUUGUUCCGAUGACGCAAGGACAGUUUGGUAAUUAUGAGACUGGUUUGGUGGCGAACUCGAUGCUCUCGAAUUCAACGUCUUCGACUUCAUCAUCGUUGACCUCAACGUUUUCGUUGCCGGAGAGUGUUAACGGAGGAGGAGGAGGAUGUGGGAAUAUUCCGGGAGAAAGAAGGUAUAAAGAAACGGCGACGUUUGGAGGAGUGGUAGAGUCAAAUCCACCAACAACACCGCCUUAUCCGUUUUCUCUGUUUCGAGGUGGCUUUUAGCGUUUAGCUUCACAUGAUAUAUGAUCUUUAU